AUGGCAACAUCUGCUGCAAAUCAUGGUCGUUCAUCCUCCUUGGGUGCCGCUAUCAUCGGCUUCCUGAAACCCAAUGGAUCGGAUAUCAAUCGUCUUCGCAAUGAAUUCAAAGACGAUAGUCCUUAUUCUGCCGCUGACCUGGUCUUUGGUAUCACUGAUCCGACCUCUUCUCAACGUAUGGGCGGCAACAAAAUUAGCUCUGGCGAUCGCAAAGGCAAAGUCAAAGAUUGGUUUAAGGGUCACAAUCGCGACUUGGGUAAGUUUCCUUUCCACUUUUUUGCUCUACUCAUCAAAAGAAUAUGCUGACAUUGGACAGUUUUGGGUCGAUUGGCUCAUCACUCUGGACCUGACCGGCGACAACCAAGAGAUGGACAUAGUCCAGAGGUUCCGAAACGCACAACGGGCUUGAAAGAUCACCUCAAUCCGAAGAAAAUCAUCGAGAAAUCCAGCGAGUGGUUCAAAGGUGGCCACAAGGAUACAGAGAAGAGCCAAGGAGCUCAUAUCUAUCAUCACUCAAAUCAAUCAACUAUUCUCGCACGACCACGCACUUCAUUGUCCUUCAUGGAUACCGGCGCCACCAGUCAGCAAAUGUUCCAAGACAAAAAGUUCGCUAGAGAAUACAAUCGACGCAGCAUGAAACAUAGCGAAGAUUAUCUUGGAGUUCGAGGAGCUAACCCAAGAACUGGACUUUGGGACUCCAGCGAUAGCAGCAACGGACCUAGCAAAGUGAAUGAAGAGGAAAAAUUGGAGAAUCGUCUUCGAAGAGCUUAUUGGAUUGCCAGCGAUCAUGAAUGGAAUAGUGUGGUUGAACCCUGCCUCAGCCCAAUCCCACAGUCUGUCGUAGGCACUCCAGUCAGAGGUAAGUCACUUCUUCAUACUCACUGAAAGGUAAUUAAUCGUUCAAAUAGGUAGCAUGCGCAGUGAUCGACUUGUCCCUAUGCCAUCGGCAAGAAACCCAUCUCCAUAUAACAAUCAACGUAUCUGUCACAUCGACAGCCAAUUGAACAACGGCUCUGAACCUCUCAUGUCGAUGCUCUGCGGCGAGUUCAUUGAUGCUAAGUCGACUUGGCCAGCAUGCUCAAAAUCCAUCCAACGUAAAGCAGUUGGCUCAACACCAAGCCGUCCUCAAGAACACAUAUCCUCAUCGACUGAAACAGUCAUCCAUAACAAAGGCAGCAACAAUACUGCCGAAUCUAUUCAACCUACUACCGACCACAACAUCGUUGCCGGAGUUGGUCAUCCUUCGGAGCAGGCUAAGGCUGAGAUGUACAAGCAGGGCCGCUUCCCAGGAAAAGUUCGCUGGGCUGCACAAAAUCUUGGUUUGAAGGUUCCAAGAAAGCCAUGCCCAGAGCCACAACAAGAGCCCACCAUGAAACAUCAAGACCAGAAGGCUUUUUUAGACAUACAAGCAUACGAAAGAAUUUCGACCGCGCUCGCGUCCCUCAACGAACAUCUUCGGAGAGCGGAGUUGGAUUGGCUUCAGCAGUUCACAUCCACCACCACCAUCACUAUUGGUGGCAUGGACGGAAGCAUUCAACUGAAAAGGGGAGGAGCGACGAGAAAGGGUCUUCGAUUGAAGACGAAUCCGGUUCAGGGAGAAGGAGACCUCAUCAGGAAGGAGGUUCAAAAGUAUUUCACCAGCGGACGCAUCCGACUUCGAGAGGAGGGCGCUGUGGUGAAAGGACUUCGCUUGAAAGCAAUUCAACAGUGA